UGACAGGCGGGUAUGAGGAUAUUCCUUGGCAGGUUAUUACGAUUUUAGGUUUCAUUAUGACUUUAUAUUGUAUUUUGUGUCUGAGACACAGUUUAGUCAUUAGGCCAUGGUAAAAUGACUGUAGCUUGCCAAAAACAGGGCAGUACUACCACAGCCUCUGUCAAGGGAAAAGCAGUCAGCGGCAGAGAGGCAGAGAGCACCGCGGGAGAGAAGGAAGGAGGACUGUAAACUCCGCCUCCGGACUCGAUCGUUUCACAUUCCUUAUUCACAGCCCCUCACGUUAGAGAAUAUAGAGAAAGGGAGAAGAAGGGCACAAGAAGAAGGAGAGCAAAACGACAAUGGCAAUAAUCAAAACGUCUGAGCUUGACAUAUCCGAUCAUACCGCAUCUGCAACGUCGACUUGGGCAUGGAGCACUCGCGCCAUACACAGAGCUCAGCUGAAUGACGUUACACCUGGUUUGAGGACAAAAUGAGGGUCAUCUUCAUCCAGAACGCCGGUUUCGUCGCUGCUUUCUCGGGAGGCAAUGACGCUGAAGGUUUCGCCUGUUAGUUGUGAGUUAACGAUGUUGGCAGCAUUUUUACGGUAGAUUAUGUGAACGGCCUAGAAUAAACGAAAGACUAUGAGAUAAUAAUGCCAGUAUAGGCUACUACACGGAUGACGAGAAUAGAAUAAUAGCGUGAUGUUUAAAUAACCUAAAUAUUAUUUUUCUUUCUGGAUUGCUACAUUUUGAGCACCAUUGUUCAUACCCGAGGAGACAUACAAUCGAAAGUGGAUUCAGCUUCCGACAUGCAUUCGUCUGUCGAAUUCUGAAUACAUAUUUAGAGAACUGUAGCCCUAGAAUAUACCUUCAUAGUAAAAAAUGUAUAAUAUGCAUUGCAUUAUGUAUCAGGCGCGUAAAGACAGGUGAUGUCACAUGUCUCCUUUAUAACCUUUUGCUUUUUUUAUUUAAUCGUAUAAUAAUGACUCACUCUUAUAAGCCGACAAAUGAAUGACUAUAUGUGGAGAGAAUUCUUUGAUCAGAAAAGAAUGAACAAAGGGAGUGAUCAAUAGACAAUCGGAAUAAUUUCUAUGUUUAUUACUAUAAUAUUUACGCAUUAUUCCUUGUAAUUUAUUUUAUUUAUUACGACUAUUAUUAGGCCUAUAAUAAGUAUAACUAUAGUAUAAAUAUUUGUAACAAAUAGCUUAGUUUAAGAUAUUUAACCGUGGGAAGUUAGUUUGAAUACUUCCCUAGAGAUGGAAACAGCUUGUCUCUCGGCCCACCGAGGGCUGACCCGUCCUGAGGCCAAACAAACCCCAACCUCAGUGGGUAAACCAUCUAGGGGUGACCUGUCCCCUCCAUCGCUACCUGCCGGUAAUUCAAUGGCAGAGACACCGGCAGCUAGCGAUGGCAGCAGGAGAAAUUCAGGCUUCAAGAAACACCACCACAAGCAUAACCUGAAACACCGCUACGAAUUGCUCGAGACUCUCGGAAGAGGGACCUAUGGCAAAGUCAAGAAGGCAAUUGAACGACACUCCGGCAGAGAGGUGGCUAUCAAGUCCAUCCGGAAGGAGAAGAUCAAGGAUGAGCAGGACAUGGUUCACAUCCGCAGGGAGAUCGAGAUCAUGUCAUCCCUGAAACACCCCCACAUCAUCUCUAUUUAUGAAGUGUUUGAGAACAAGGACAAGAUCGUGAUCGUGAUGGAGUACGCCAGUAAGGGCGAGCUGUACGACUACAUCAGUGAGCGCCGGCGCCUGAGCGAGAGAGAGACACGACACUUCUUUAGACAGAUAGUCUCUGCUGUGCACCACUGUCAUAAGAACGGCGUGGUGCACAGGGAUCUGAAGCUGGAAAAUGUGCUACUGGAUGAAAACUGUAACAUUAAGAUUGCUGACUUUGGGCUAUCCAACCUCUACCAUAAGGACAAACUGCUGCAGACGUUUUGUGGCAGCCCGCUCUACGCAUCACCGGAGAUAGUCAACGGAAGACCCUACCACGGCCCAGAGGUGGACAGCUGGGCUCUGGGCGUGCUGCUGUACACCCUGGUCUAUGGUACCAUGCCGUUCGAUGGAGGAGACCACAAGAACCUCAUCCGCCAGAUCAGCAAUGGGGAGUACAGAGAGCCCACCCAGUCCUCAGAUGCCCGCGGUCUGAUCCGAUGGAUGUUGAUGGUGAACCCAGAGCGGCGGGCCACGGUGGAAGACAUCGCCAACCACUGGUGGGUCAACUGGGGCUGGAAGAGCAGCGUGUGCGACUGUGAGACCCAGCGGGACAACGGCACCUCCUCUCCCAUGCUGGCCCGCUUCAUUGACUGGCAGAACCGCACCGAGCCCCGGCCAGGAAAACCCACCACCCUGCUGCCCCUGGUCCUCCGCCAGCGUCCCAAGAAGUCCAAGAAGGAGAACGAAGUGGGUGAUGGCCCCCACGGUGGAGGGGAGGGGGACAAGCCAGGGCUGAAGAGGCCCAAGGGGAUUCUCAAGACCAGGGUGACAGAGGAGCAGCGCUCGCCCAGCCUGGAGGAGGUGGAGCUGGGGAGUGGUGGAGCGAUGAUGGGGCUCAGGCCAGCCAAGGGAGAAGGAAGCUGCUCUAGCCCCGACAGAGAGGAGGAGGAGGAGGAGGAGGAGGAGGAGCCUGCCCUGGCAGGGGGCUCGCCAGCUAAGAUGGUGCCCACCCUUCCCAAGAAGGGCAUCCUGAAGAACAACCAACAACGGGAAUCAGGGUACUACUCCUCCCCGGAGCGCAGUGAGUCCUCCGAGCUGCUAGGGGGCGCCACCAUGUCCCUGGUCACCACCUGCAGCUCCCCUCCUAGGAGAGUGGUGGGGAGGAAGGGCAUCUUGAAGCGUAACGGGAAGUAUUCCACCUACAGCGGCCCUCCCUCAGCUGGUGCUCUCGGGGAGCCUUCCUCGGGGGGUGACUCAGGCCUGUCCCGUAGCCAGAGCCGUCCGUCCAGCAUGGUGUUGGAGGACGACGUCCUGUCCCCCAGUUUGUCCCCCGACUGGCCCCCCACCGCCCCACACCGCCCCAACAUCAGGGCCUGCGUGUCAGCCGAAAACCUGCUGCAGUUGGCCAGCUUCAAGGGCUUCCAGGCGGCCCCACCGCUCCACGGGUCAAAGUUCAGCCGGACCCCCAGAGAGCUGGGGUCCCCGGGGGAUAACGGCAGCUUCUCCCUACUGGGGGACCUGGACGACAUGACUCAGGUGUACCAGCAAGCCCUGGACAUCAGCAGCAACCUCACCUAGCCUGGGAGGGCCCGGGGGGAAGAGAAGAGGCAGCCAGCUGGCCAGGCUGAGGCUAUAACAUCUGUCUCUGUUGGUGUGUAUGUACAUGAAUGUGUAUGUCAUUGACAACCAUUGACCAGUGUGUUGUUGGGAUAGCCUGCCUACACUUUUUGGGAGGUUAUCAUUUUCUUACCGGGAAUUGAAUCCUUGUUAGAAACUAAAUCAUACACACACUCAUACAUACACAAUUAUGCACUUCUCAGUCAAAGGAAAUUCAGUUAGCAGGGUUUUCAAACGAUGUAGAGAGAAAAAACACUGGCACGAGAGAAUGCCACCCAGCCUGCCUCCUCCAUCCACCCGUAGACGUUGCUGUAUUCAAAUGUUUACAUAUUCAGCAAAAGGCAAGUUAGAAUCACAAUUGCAGCAACCAGAAACUGGUUGGCUCUCGAAGCGAGCCAUGAAUUGAGUUGGAGUUUCAAAAAGCACCUUAAAACUCACACAGAGCACAUGUUUUUGUGAUCUUUUACUUCCUGUAAAAAACAAACCAGGGUCUUGCGCCAAAAUAACUGACAAUGUUAAUUAUUUAUUCAUAUUUGCGUAGAUUUUAGUUGAAUAGAAAACUGGUGGGUUCUGGCAGUACUGGAAGAGUCCAAAGCUCAUUGUCUCCAACCCUUUGUGUGGAACUGACAUAUAUAAUUAUUAUGUUACCCAUUAAAAUGAAACAUGUAUACAUGAUAUAUUAAUAUGGCCGCAUAUGUAAAGCAUGCAGCUAUGUAUAUCACCAUAAAAGCGCAUGUCCUGUAAAUUAGCAUACGGUAUUAGGGAAUAUGUAGGAAGUGCCUUUUUGAUCCAUAUACAAUUAUGUAUGUCAUUUCCUGAAAGUGGAGAGAGAUGGUUGCCAGGCCAACCUGUCACCAGUUGUGCUGUUUUGAUUCAUAUACAUGUGAAUGUGGUGAGAGAGACCCAGGACCUUAAUGGAACCCACAGCAGCCUAUAGCCUUACACAGUCACAGGUCAGGGGUCACACAGACCUAAAACAGCAGUUGAGAUGAAACAGUCCCGUCUCCAUGCCCCAAAAAACUUUGUCAGGAACAAGAACCAAGCCCAGAGAGAUGACAGUCUUAAACAAGCCUUUUCGUGCAGUGCUUUCUUGUUUUAUUUGUUCCCCCAUAGAUGUGUCAGCAGUUUGGGGAUUUGGUUUAAACACACGGCCUGGCCAGGCGAGCUGGAGGGGUCUGGAGCUGCUCACCUUAGUGAAGGUAGAUGGCUCAGAUGCCCUCUCAGAUGCCCUCUCAUAGCCCUGGAAUGUCCUUGGCAAAUAAACAGCCAUGUCUGUGGUUGUUUUGUCUGUCUGUCUAUAGUGCUGGAGUUGCCUCUGGCUUGAGGACUUCUCUCUCAAUUGGCAUAACUUGGCUACAGAGUCAUACCAGCUGGAAAUGGCAAAGAAACCCUACACUCCUAGGAAAAAAAGCUUUCCAAAUUGGUUCUUCAGCUGUCCCCAUAGGAUAAACUUUUUUGGGCUCUAAGUAGAACCCUUUUGGAACCGAAAAGGGCUCUUCAAAGGGUUCUCCUAUGGGGACAGCCGAAGAACCCGUUUAGGUUCUAGAUAGCAGCGUUUAUUUUUUCUAAGAGUGUACAUGUCAUGUGUAGACCCACACAAUGCUCAGGUUGUUAUUUGUGGAUGCUAUAGCCAGGCACCCCCUCCCAUUCCACACAGGGCUGAGCAGGAGGAUUUGUUUCAGUGCUCUGAUGACACAGCACAUUCCACAGACAAUGGCUGGAGACGUGUUGGUGCGGGAGAUGUUAUCGGCACCUGGCGGGGGGGGUCUGUGGUGUGUGUGCUGUCAGGCCUCCAGCUGUGUGUACAGGGCAAUUAUGUCAACUUAGCAUAAUUAGCCAGCUAUUGUUUCUAGUAGAGGAAAGUAGCGUGUAGCAGAGAGCAAAAAUGAUGGUGGAGUGAAAGUGAGAGGUAGAGUGUAGUAGAGGUUUGAGUGGGAAACAAGUGUUGGAGGGAAAGAGAAAUGUUCCUGGUGAUGAUGAGAUUUGAGAGGCCUUUCCUAUUGGAAAGGGCGAAAGAGUUGAAGGAAACAGAUAUGUAGACUAGUGAAAGUGACAUAGAGAAAGUGAGUUCGGAGUAAAAAGAAAGGAAAUUGAACGUUUUUUUAAGUAUUUUUUUUUUUAAACCAAAGAUGAGAAGAAGCUUCAAUGAUUCAGGGGAUGAAAUGGAUUGGGUACUGUAUGUGCCCCUGGAACUUUUAACAUAGAUGGGAAACCCCAUUUGGAAAUGAAUUCAUUUUACAACAAUAAUAGCCUGACAGGGUUUUGUUAUAUUUGUACUUUAGUGUUAAGAAAUUGCUUUAAGCCAAACGCUAGAGGCUGUUAAAGCAAGUUGUGUCAUAGGCUGAGUGUGUUCUGUGGAAUGUGUUUGUGUGGCGUGUUUAGAAUGGCCUUAGUGUGCCACAUAUUUCAACCCUGGGAUGGGGCGUCAGAUCUGUGACUGAUACUUCCGAUAUAUUAUCAGAACAUGUGUAUGGGAAACUAUAGCAACCCCCAAGCAGCAGAAUGAACAUGUUGAAUGUUGUCAAAGGUCCUCUGGUGCAAAGUCCUGGGUAUUGAUUGAAACGACAGACCCGUUCUGUAUUAUAUUGUAUUUUAUUGCCCUUUGUAUUGCCUUUUAUUGUCAACUGGAUUUACAGUGAUAAAAUUAUACUAUGUUAGUAUUUUGUUUCAUUACGCUUCUGUUUUUGAUUCUCCAAAAUAUAGAAACUUUAUAUUGCUUUAUGUUAUGGCAGAAAGUAUUUCUUCCCUGAGUUUGGCCGUAAGAGAUCAGAGGACUGAUCGGACGUCAGUGGGAUCUGAAUAUUUCCUCUGUUUUGGUACACCUGAGAGGUGAGAGCAGCUGACCUGAGUUCAGUCAUGUUGCAGUGUUGUACCUGUGAACUUACAUCACGUAGAUAGAGAACCAACUGUGUUAUAGAGCCUGGUGACCCAACCACAGAGAACAGGGCCUUGUACAUUUGUACACUUCCAAAGAAAGAGGUGCCCAUUGACACCCCCCAAAGGGGAAAUCCAUGGCUUCUUAUUAUGACCGUGACCUCUCUAAAAUGCUAACACAUAGCAAGCCAGGGAUAAACACAUACUUGUAGGUACCAUCACGUUGACAACCCCUUGUUUGACCCCAAAUAAGUCAUGGUAAGACUCCCAUCUGUACCAAAGCAGGGAAUUCCUAAACUAAGGGAGUGAUAUCAGGAAAAACAAAGGAAAGAAUCUGAUUAAACUCUAUCUGCCAAACUGGAAUUAACUGGUGCAUAUCCGUUAGUAGCAGAAAGUCUAAUCAUAGGAAAACUUGACUGGAUAAUGGUAUUAAGACAAUAAUAAUAAUAAUAAUAGUAUUAUUAUGUUAUUUAAGUAUUAUUUUUGUUACGGCUCAUUCUUUUUCUUGGCUGUUGCCAUGGUUCUGAUUUUGAUUUGGCAUCAGUUGGUGAACCUGGACUGCCAAGGUGGUUUAAGUUGAAUGCCCUUUCUAUCUUUUAUGAUCCAGGUAUUUCUUUGUUGAUAAUGCUAAUUAUUAUCAAGGUGUUUUUUUAUACUUGUAUUUAUUGGUGAUUAAGCCAUUUCAUUUGAUGUAUAAAGCUACUCUGUCCAUGCUUUAGCCUGCUUGGGGAUGUGUUCAUAACGUAAAUGGAGAGAUAUCAUUGUCUGGGACACAGCCUUAAGGGAGUGAUGAUGUCUAAUUUCAUUGUGAAAGCAUUGGUCGAGUAUGUGUUUUGGGAGUUACAAUCUGAUUGAUUUCAUCAUAUAUGAAUAGGUCAUAAGACAUUUUCUGGUGAGGAACCAAACUUCAUGUGUCCCUCUGCUACAAACCAUCUACUGUAGUACUGUACCAACUCAAAUAAAUGGAUCCCGUCAAAGAA